AUGGCGCAGAGGUCUGUAUUCUGCAGUGCUGUUCGAGGGUUGAAGCUCUUCCCCAGCACUGCACAUGGCGUGUCGCUUGCCGGCUACGAUUGCGGCGAUAGUCAGAAUAAUAAAAAGAAGCAAAUUUCUGACAUCAAAAAGUUAUGCGCCAAUGCGCUCGCUCUAUCAGAAAGCCCGUUGUGGUACUCGCAGAGCUUGAAACCUUGCUUCGAACAGAUUCCCAGUGCAAAUGCGCGUAUUUGUGCGUUCGUUGAUGGUCUCAAUCCACUGCGAUGCGAUGUGCUCACCAUUCCGGUGCGAUCGGACGAGCGACGUUCGGCGAGCGCGCUGGAAAAGCCAUUCACCAUCAGCCAGUAUGUGCAGACCGACACAACUCUCAUACAGGCUUCGGAUAUGAAGAAACUUGUGGAUGAAUUGAGGUAA